AAAAAAAACAGAAAAAGCAGUAUUGUGUUCUGUAUUUAUGUGUUUCGUGUUGAAAUAAAAUGCACAUUAAGCAGAUUAUCAUACAAGGCUUCAAGAGUUACAAGGACCAGACGGUCGUCGAGCCAUUCGAUAAGCGUCACAAUGUCGUCGUUGGACGCAAUGGCUCUGGCAAAAGUAAUUUCUUCUAUGCUAUCCAGUUUGUGCUGAGCGAUGAGUUCACACAUCAACGGCCGGAGCAGCGUCAGGCUCUGCUGCAUGAGGGGACAGGAGCGCGCGUCAUAUCCGCCUAUGUGGAAAUUAUAUUCGAUAACUCGGACAAUCGAGUGCCGAUCGACAAGGAGGAGAUUUAUUUGCGUCGCGUUAUUGGCGCCAAAAAGGAUCAGUACUUCCUCAACAAGAAGGUGGUGCCACGCAAUGAGGUCGUCAAUUUGCUCGAAUCGGCUGGCUUCUCCAGCUCCAAUCCCUAUUAUAUUGUCAAGCAGGGUAAAAUAAAUCAGAUGGCCACCGCCGCCGAUUCGUAUCGCUUGAAGCUGCUUCGCGAGGUGGCCGGCACUCGGGUGUACGAUGAGCGCAAGGAGGAGUCCUUGAAUCUGUUGCGCGAAACGGAUGGCAAGCUGGAGAAGAUCGUUGAGUAUCUGAAGACGAUCGAGGACCGACUGCAGACGCUCGAGGAGGAGAAGGAAGAGCUCAAGGAAUACCAGAAGUGGGAUAAGACUCGACGCACUUUGGAAUACAUACGCUACGAGACGGAGCUGAAGGAUACGCGACGUGCCCUCGAGGAGCUGCUGCUGCAGCGCAAAUCUUCGUCGGACAAGAAGAAGAACUACAACAUUGAGAUACAAAAGGCGCAGGAGAAGAUCAAGGAGGUGCAAAAGAACCUCAAAGAGGCAAAGAAAAAGGUGACCAGCACCAAGGAGGAGCGCUCGGUGCUGAUGACCGAACAGCAGCAAUUGUUGCGCGAAAAGACAAAACUCGACCUGACAAUUGUCGAUCUGAAUGAUGAGGUGCAGGGUGACAACAAAUCCAAGGAGCGCGCCGAUCAGGAGCUCAAGAAUCUCAAGGUGACAAUAGCAGAGCGCGAGAACGAACUGGACGAAGUGAAGCCCCAAUACGAGUCGAUGAAGCGCAAGGAGGAGGACUGCUCCCGCGAGCUCCAGCUGAAGGAGCAGAAGCGCAAGGAGCUGUAUGCGAAACAGGGACGCGGCUCACAGUUCUCGUCACGCGAGGACCGCGACAAGUGGAUACACAAUGAGCUCAAAUCGAUCAGCAAACAGACCAAGGACAAAAUCAAUCAUCAUGCAAAACUGGUGGAGGAUUUGAAAAAGGAUGCCACCUCCGAGAAGGAUCUGGGCACCAAGAUCGAGGAGCACUCAUCGGAGCUGGAGCAGCUGCGCCUCCAAAUCGAUGAGCACAACAAGAAAUAUUACGAGCUGAAGAAGACCAAGGAUCAGCAUCAAUCCAUGCGCAACGAACUGUGGCGCAAGGAGACCCAAAUGACCCAGCAGCUGCAAACCCAAAAGGAGGAGCUCUCCCGUGCCGAUCAAGCGUUGCGCAGCAUGGCCGGCAAACCAAUCCUGAAUGGCUGCGAUUCCGUGCGCAAAGUGCUCGACAGCUUCGUGGAGCGCGGCGGCCAAUCUGCGGCGAUAGCCCGUGCCUAUUACGGUCCGGUUAUCGAGAACUUUAGCUGCGACAAGACGAUCUAUACGGCCGUCGAGGUGACUGCGGCGAAUCGGCUCUUCCAUCACAUUGUCGAAUCAGAAUAUGAGGGCACCCAGAUCCUCAAGGAGAUGAACAAGUUGAAAUUGCCCGGAGAGGUGACAUUCAUGCCGUUGAAUCGCCUCCAGGUGAAGAUACACGAUUAUCCGGAUGAUCCGGACUCGAUACCAAUGAUAUCGAAACUCAAAUAUGAUGAGCAGCAUGAUAAGGCGCUGCGCUAUAUCUUUGGCAAGACGCUCAUCUGUCGCAAUUUGGAGCGUGCCACGGAGCUGGCGAAGAGCACCGGGCUCGACUGUGUCACACUCGAUGGGGAUCAGGUAUCAUCGAAGGGCUCCCUCACCGGCGGCUAUUUCAAUACGUCGCGUUCCCGCUUGGAGAUGCAAAAGAAGCGCACAGAAUACACCCAACAGAUUACGGAAUUCGAGAAGAAGCUGAGCAAGUUGCGCAACGAGCUGAAAUCGACGGAGAACAACAUCAAUUCGAUUGUCUCCGAGAUGCAGAAGACAGAAACGAAACAGGGCAAAUCGAAGGAUGUGUUUGAGAAGGUGCAGGGCGAGAUUCGUCUGAUGAAGGAGGAGCUGGUGCGCAUCGAGAAAUAUCGUGCGCCCAAGGAACGAUCGCUGGCCCAAUGCAAGGCCUCGCUGGAGGCGAUGAAUAGCACCAAGUCCAGCCUGGAGGCGGAGCUCAAGCAAGAGCUAAUGUCAACGCUCUCCGAACAGGAUCAGCUUGAAAUUGAUAAGCUCAACGAGGAUAUACGUAACCUCAACCAGAACAAUAAGGAUGCAUUCACCCAGCGCAUGCAGCUGGAGGUGCGCAAAAAUAAACUGGACAAUCUGCUGAUUAACAAUCUGUUUCGGCGACGCGAUGAGCUCAUCCAGGCACUGCAGGAGAUCUCUGUGGAGGAUCGCAAGCGGAAGCUAAACAAUUGUAAAACAGAGCUGGUCUCAACGGAGAAACGCAUCAAGAAGGUCAAUGCAGAUCUGGAGGAGAUUGAGAAGCGGGUCAAUGAGGCUGUCCAGCUGCAAAAGGAACUGCAGUCGGAGCUGGAGGCGCAUGUACGCAAGGAGAAGGAGGCCGAGGAGAACAUCAACAAGGAUAGCAAACAACUGGAGAAAUGGACAACCAAAGAGAAUAUGCUGAAUCAGAAGAUCGAUGAGUGUACCGAGAAGAUUGCCAGUCUGGGCGCCCUGCCAAUGGUGGAUGCCACCUACACUCGCAUCUCGCUGAAGAACAUCUUCAAGGAGCUGGAGAAGGCCAAUCAGCAUCUAAAGAAAUACAAUCAUGUGAACAAGAAGGCGCUCGAUCAAUUCCUCAGCUUUUCCGAGCAGAAGGAGAAGCUGUACAGGCGCAAGGAGGAGCUUGAUGUGGGUGAUCAGAAGAUCCAUAUCCUCAUCCAGUCGCUGGAGAUGCAGAAGGUCGAGGCCAUACAGUUCACAUUCCGUCAGGUUGCCCAGAAUUUCACCAAGGUCUUCAAGAAACUGGUGCCUCAAGGCGCCGGCUAUUUGAUACUGAGGACCAAGGAUAACGAGGGCGAAGAAAUGGAAAAGGAGGUGGCCAAUUCGGACGCAUUCACUGGCAUCGGGAUACGCGUGUCGUUUACGGGCAUCGAUGCCGAAAUGCGUGAAAUGAAUCAACUGUCUGGUGGACAGAAAUCCCUGGUCGCCCUCGCCCUCAUCUUCUCCAUACAGAAAUGCGAUCCGGCACCAUUCUAUCUAUUCGAUGAGAUCGAUCAGGCACUGGAUGCAAUGCAUCGCAAGGCUGUUGCCGAUAUGAUCCACGAGCUGAGCGACACCGCCCAGUUUAUAACCACCACAUUCAGGCCGGAGCUGCUCGAGAAUGCCCACAAAUUCUAUGGUGUGCGAUUUCGCAACAAGGUCAGCCACAUUGAUUGUGUGACCCGCGAGCAGGCCAAGGACUUUGUCGAGGAUGACAAUACGCACGCUUAAGAGCAGCACUCCUCCACUACCACUCCGACGCCCACGCCCACUCCCUUCCCAUCCCACAUCCCACACACUCAAGCAUUUCUUAGUGAUAAUAAAUAAUUUGAAUUUUUUGUUUCUUGUUUUUCAAUAUUUUGUAUUCCCUUUUAUUAUGUUUUUCUUUCUUAAAACUAAACGUUUUUGAAUGCUUAAAUUUAUUUGUACUUUUUUGUAAUUUGCUAUCAAUUCGACCUAUUUAAGUGAAAGCAACAAGUCUUGCAACAUUUGAAAUAACGCAAUUUGUUGCGAAACUCCUUUUCCAUUAAGGAUCUAUUCUUAUUUUGCUACAUUUAAGUAAUCGUAAUAAAUGACGCAGAGAAAUAUA